AUGUCUGGACGCGGUAAAGGAGGUAAGGUUAAGGGAAAGGCAAAGUCCCGCUCAAAUCGUGCCGGUCUUCAGUUCCCUGUGGGCCGAAUUCACCGUCUGCUGAGGAAAGGAAACUAUGCCGAACGCGUCGGAGCAGGAGCCCCUGUCUAUCUGGCAGCUGUGAUGGAAUACCUCGCUGCUGAAGUUCUGGAAUUGGCAGGAAAUGCUGCUCGCGAUAACAAGAAAACAAGAAUCAUCCCGCGCCAUCUGCAACUGGCCAUCCGUAACGAUGAGGAGUUGAACAAGCUGUUAUCUGGUGUUACGAUUGCUCAGGGCGGUGUGCUACCGAACAUCCAAGCCGUGCUGCUUCCCAAGAAGACCGAAAAGAAAGCCUAAAUGGAAACAUAUUGGCACUCAAACUGAACAAAACGUCCUUUUCAGGGCGACCAAUCUACUUACAGAAAGAAUUAACUCGAAUAUUCAUAAACUCUACUCUAUA